UAAUUUUGACUACUUAGAUAAUCCCCAUUGCGCUGGCCAAAAAGUUUCGGAAUCCACACCACGGAUCAUUUAGUGUUUUCUCCCGGUGAAAUUUGAUAAGUAAUUCAAAUUGUAAAAAAAAAAGUCAUCCCUGAUCAGUAUUGUUUGGUGAAAGUGAUCAUUUGUUUUACAAUGGCAGAUGUUAACAAAAUUCCUUAUUAUAUUAGAACUCUAAUGUUGAUUGGUUUUCGAAUUUUGAUUCUGUUAGGAUCUCUAAAUAGAAUUCUAUUUUACCCGAAACAUGCUGGAGAAGCCUAUAAAAAGAAAUUUAAAGGAUUAUACGAUAAAUUCGACGAAAUAUAUUUUCAUUAUAUAUAUCGUAAAGUCUGCGAUUGUAGUCAUGCUCCAAUAUCUAGUGGACAAUCUUCAAAAGUCACUCUAAUAGAAAGGAAGAGGAAAGACCACGGAUGGACUUUCGAAUACACCGGUAGGCAUUUCGAAUGUAUAAAUAUGGGUUCCUUCAAUUACUUAGGAUUGGCAACUCUACCUCAAACGAAAAUGGAGAACAUUGUAAAUUCAAUUGAUCAAUACGGAGUAGCUUCUGCAGUCCCGAAUCAUGAACUGACCAAGAUCACCAAGUUACAUUUACAGCUUGAAAAACUAACGAGCGAAUUUCUGGGAGUUGAAAGCGUUUUAUUAUGUGGCGCCGGAUUUGCUACGAAUGCGUUGAAUUUACCAGCCAUCUUAUCGAAAAAAUGCAUAGUUUUCAGCGAUGAAAAAAACCACGCUUCAUUAAUUCUAGGUCUGAGGACAUCCAAGACUCGUGUAUUUAAAUAUUUUCACAAUGAUUUUCAGGAUUUGGAAAUAAAAAUAGUCGAGAAUUUGAAAGCGAAUAAAAAAGCUGGUGGAAAAUUAUUUUCGAAGAUUUUCAUCAUAUGUGAAGGGAUUUACAGCAUGGAUGGGACAAUUUUGGAUUUGAAGAGAAUGAUUCAGUUGAAGAAAAAAUAUAAAGCUUAUUUAUUCAUCGAUGACGCUCAUGGAGUAGGAAUGUUGGGUCCUCAAGGCAAAGGCAUCUUCAACCACUGCAACGUCGACCCUUCAGAUAUAGAUAUUCUAAUGGGAACCUACAGUAAAGCAUUCGCCUCAAAUGGAGGUUACAUAUCCGGCAAAAAAAACGUCAUAGACCAUUUUCGAACAAAUACCUUGACGAAUUAUGGAUCUGAAAUGUCUCCAGCUGUUGUUGUUCAAGCAAUUCAUGCUAUUGAGACUUUGAUGCAUUCUCAAACUGCAAAUGGCAAUAUUCUCGUUGACAAAAUAAAGAAGAACACUCAUUAUAUGAGACGUAAUCUAAAACAAAUGGGUUUGAAUAUUUGUGGAGAUGAUGAGUCUCAUAUUAUACCUUGGAUUCUGGGUUCGAUUUCUGCUGUAAGUUUCGUUAUUAGGGAACUGAAAAAGAGAGGUGUUGCUGCUGCCGGAGUUGUUUACCCUGCGACACCACUGAUGGCUGCCAGAGUUCGUUUUAAUGUGUCAGCAGUUCAUUCUCAAGAAGAACUCGAUCACGUUUUAAAGUCCGUUAAAGAAAUAGUUGAACGAAAUGGGUUGAAUUAUGGGCAACUGUACCCUUCAGAGUGAAAUUAUCAGGCAUCGAUUUAUUCGUGGAACUGGCAGUUUGAUGGUGAUCAAUUUUAUCGAAACUUCAGCAUUGGCUAUUGAAGUCAAUCAUUAGCUGUGUUCAAUAUUGACUGAGCAUCGACCUCAAAAAAAAAAAAUCUGGCCGGUCUUUCGAACAACAUUGAGGAAAGUUUAAUGGAAUCUGCACAUCCUUAUAAAUUGAAGUAAAUAAAUAAUAAUACUUACCUAAUAAUAUAAGGAACCAAAUGUAAAAAUGAUUUUUAUAUCUACUAAAUGAAAUUUCACGCUGUGAAAUUUUUUUAGCCAGGUACCUACCUACCUACCUACAAAUAAAUAAUUAAGUUUUCGCAAACGCCUGAGCCUAAAUGGCUGAAGGUUGGUUUAUUACAUCAUAUUUUCGACGUCUCACGUCAUUGAUAGCAUUUUUGAGCCAAUCUGAGACCUCCGAUGGAUUUUUGUAUUUUUUUAGUUUUGAAAAUAUGUAUUGUUAAGUAUAGAAAAGGGUCCAAAUAAAAUUCAGAUCUUGCAAACUCGAA